UUUAGAGGUCCAAUACACUAACAGCUCGAUACUCAUGACAAACUACGCUACUGGAGCUAAAAUGCUUAAGGUAUUCAUUUGUCCUUGGAGACCUUUGAUGCUUACAUUUUGUUUCUUGAUAGUGUUUUCACAACUACUAAAAGGGGACAGUCUGAUUUCUGGUGUCUGUGAUGGAGACACCAACUGUUUCUUGCCAGAUUGUUUUUGUCCUAACAAUACAAAGGGUCCCGCAAACGUCAGCAUUGACCAACGGCCUCAGAUUGUAGUGCUUGCUUUCAACGAUGCUAUCAAUGACAGAAACUAUAACUACUAUCUGGAAUUGUUAACUUCUAACUGGAAGAACGCUAAUGGAUGUCCAAUAAGCAUGACACUUUUUGUUCCUGAUGUCUGGACAAAUUAUACUCAACUUCAACAGUUGUGGCUUGCAGGGGCUGAAAUAGCAGCAUUUGGAAAAUCUGGCUAUGGCCAAACUGCAGAGUUUUAUAAGACUAUAACAAAGAAAUCUCUGAUAGACGAGAUAAGUGGACAAAAAGAGCAGCUUGUCAAGAAAGGAAAAAUUCCUGCAGAAUACAUUCGGGGUUUCCGGAUACCAUACUUGUAUGCAGGUGGUGAUGAUAUGUUUGAUGUCCUUACAUCCUCUGGCUUCGACUAUGAUUCCAGCCUUAUUGUAAAUAGAAGAACAUUAAACUCACCACCUAGUUGGCCGGCAACACUGGACUACAGCUGGCCAUUUGAAUGCAAACAAGGGAAAUGCCCGAGUUCCAGCCAUUCCUCUUUCUGGGAAAUUCCCAUACAUCUGUUCUAUGACUUCAAUCAAACAUACGAAUGUCAGUACUUAGACUCCUGUGCCUAUGCUGUAAGCAAUGAGGAGGAAGCUUUUCAGCUCCUGUGGCGCAAUUACCUACCCUUCUACAGAAAUAGAACGCCCUUUGUGCUCAACUUGAGAGCGGCUUUGUUGAAUAAUGAGUUUCAGAGAACCGCUAUCAGGAGAUUAAUAUUAACUUUCAUGGAGUCUCCAGAGGUGUACAUGCUGUCAAUGUCACAGCUUGUGGACUGGAUGAAAAACGUAACAAGCUUGACUGACAUUACACAUUCUGAGCCCUGGUCCUGCACUGCCAAGAAACUGUUGGACACCAGCAGUUCUUCUGGGUCAUCCAGCGAGCUCACGAUAAUAGCCACUAACAUCUUUAUGUUCUUAGUUUUAUCUUACCACAUCAAAUAAUUUAGUGUCAUUUUACAUACUAGACAUCAUGAUACCGUAUCAAAUAAUUUAGUGUCAUUUUACAUACUAGACGUCAUGAUACCGUAUCAAAUAAUUUAGUGUCAUUUUACAUACUAGACGUCAUGAUACCGUAUCAAAUAAUUUAGUGUCAUUUUACAUACUAGACGUCAUGAUACCGUAUCAAAUAAUUUAGUGUCAUUUUACAUACUAGACGUCAUGAUACCGUAUCAAAUAAUUAAGUGUCAUUUUACAUACUAGACGUCAUGAUACCGUAUCAAAUAAUUUAGUGUCAUUUUACAUACUAGACGUCAUGAUACCGUAUCAAAUAAGUGGAGCCCCUGGGGAAAGAUUUUUGUUGAGGCCCCUACACUUUCUCAAAGCUUAUGCCUAUAAUAAAAAUCCACUUAUUAAUAAUAAAAUUUAGAUUUAAAAAUAUUUUAGAAAGAAAUAAAGCACUUGUCAAUUUAAACUCAUGUUCCAUCUUUUUAAGAAAAAAAAGUAAUAAGCAUAUAUACUACGAGAACACUAUAAGCAGACACUUCUUAACCACCACAUUGAAAGUAUUGGAUACUACGAGAACACUAUAAGCAGACACUUCUUAACCACCACAUUGAAAGUAUUGGAUACUACGAGAACACUAUAAGCAGACACUUCUUAACCACCACAUUUAAAGUAUUGGAUAGUACGAAAACACUAUAAGCAGACACUUCUUAACCACCACAUUUAAAGUAUUGGAUACUACGAGAACACUAUAAGCAGACAAUUCUUAACCACCACAUUUAAAGUAUUGGAUACUACGAGAACACUAUAAGCAGACACUUCUUAACCACCACAUUGAAAGUAUUGGAUACUACGAGAACACUAUAAGCAGACACUUCUUAACCACCACAUUGAAAGUAUUGGAUAGUACGAGAACACUAUAAGCAGACACUUCUUAACCACCACAUUGAAAGUAUUGGAUAUAAAAAUGCGAAACAAAAAAUGUUGAUGGCAUACAAUAAGUAAACGUUUCUUAACCAUCGAAA